ACACCCUAUUCUCACAGCGCAGUCUCGUGGGUUCUAUCCGUAAUUAGAUGAAGUUCGACGAUGAAGACUGAAGAGUGUGGCGCCCUUGGUAAGGGAAGGUUUCCGGGCCUGAGUGCUUCUGAAAAAUGCGACGGAGCUCUCACCAUCUCUGUGGCAGCGGAUGAGGGUGGCGACCUUGAGUUCUGAGGUAGCGCCCAGCGAGAAAUAGCUGAGAUAAUUGUGGAUGAGAAAACUAAAUGAGUUCGCGGUGACGGAGCGUUAUGUGAUUUGAGAAUGCCGAGUUUUAAGAUGGACAAGAAGGAAAACCUUGGGGUGGUAGAAGCGCUGAGAGUGGCGGAGAGAGAGGCAGCGAGUUUUGGAAGCAAGGCAGAUGUGUCUGAAGUCUUGGAGUACGCGGAGAAAGAAAUUCGGAGGGGGAGUUUGAAAUCGCUGUGGCAAGAUGCUGCCGAGUUUGGGGUUAAAGAUGAAGAAUACCAGACGAUUUUUGAAGUGCAGCAAUUACGGGUGAGUGCUGUCUUAGGGGUGGAUCGGACGUAUCAUGGGCACGUAGUCGGUCAUGCGUUGGUCCGAGCUGCUGAGGGCGGGUAUCCGCAAAUUGUGAUGAAGCUGCGUAAAGGGCUAGCCGAGCUUAAGUGCUCCGUGCUAACUCCGAGAUUUAUGAGCUUUGCCAUUUUGACCGCCGUCGAGUGCGGCAACUACGAGGUAGUUCAGGAGCUACUGCACACGACCACCUUUUCCAUGUUAGCAUUAAUGGGCUAUGAGUUGUCCAAGUGCAAGGACGGCGGAUAUCCUUAUAUGCGCGCCCGAUUAACAACCUCUUGGAUUAAGAAUGUGGCUAAGGUGAAAUCUCUCCUGCCUUCUGCCACGCCCGCCUUGAAUUCCGAAACCUUGGAGCUGAAGGCCUGGAAUUUCGACGAGGAGUCCAUCCAUGACGCAUGCAGAGCAUGCUAUCAGAACUACUGUGUAUGGAGGUUUCUGAUAAUAGCUGUAUGCAAUGGUCAUGGGGCAGUGGUGCAGGAGCUUCUCAUGAAGAGCGAUGACUGUAUCGCCCGUCCCAUUGAAAGCAUGCGAGGUGCACUAGCCGAGGAGAUACCGCAAGUCUCUGAGCUUCAAGUAUUAAAAGGUCGCAUUGUAGAAAAAUUAUCCAGUAUUGGUAUGAAGGUUGCGGCAAAGCUUGGUCGUGAUAUCAUACUGUAUGCUCUCUACAACGCGAUGGAGAAGACAUCCGCGUUAUCGAACGAGUCAAACGAUGAGGUGAAACUCUGGAGGUGCACCAGUCGGUCCCAGUUCGGUGUCUGGGAGGUAUUUAUGGAUGUGCCAGUUUUGCUCAUGGAGCUUGAAACCUCAUAUCAAAACACGGAGGAAUUGAAGCAGCUUAUGCGGCCUUACCACUAUAUCAAGCCUAUCAUACCGCAGUUGAUGAAGCUCAAUAUCCAGCUAAAGGUUCUCAUCGACAUUCAACCUAACUACAUUGAGGUGACGAUCGGCAUCAAUCAUGUCCGCGUGACGGUAGACAAUCAGAUGUGGGAGGAGAAGAGGACUGGUCAUUUUCCUACUUUCAUCUCAUUGGCAAUCACUCCUGUGACGCCCACAAUGACCUCUGUCAGCAUGACAGCCUCCUCGUCGAAUAUGGUGAUGAAAGUUGGAGUGGCCGAGCAGGUCCGUCUGUCGGUUCAAACUAGAUUGAAGGCUGCACCAACUGCCACUGUGGGUAUACAAUUUGCAAAAUCUACCAUGUCCAAAAUUGACGGGAAGCCUUGGAGAAUGGAGCAGCUCCCUACGUCUGGUGAUCAGGGAGGCCGAUUCAACUGGAACUUGUCCACUUGGCAUGGGCAAGCCUUUGAUCGCCGGAACCCUAUGUUGCAAGAAACGAAGAAGUCGAUAUGGCAGUUUGGGAAACGGUCGCCAAUCAAUCCGUUAGCGGUUUUACCACUUGGUACAAAUGGCGGUGUCCAUUUCACCGGAACAGAGUACGAUGACACUCUCUCUUGGAGGUUUCCUAAAGAACUCGAGAACACAGACGCGCUUUUCAACGUUGAGGGCGUUGUCCACACCACUUACAUCACCCAGGACACGUUCUGGGAGACUCGGAUGGUGCCCUUUGAGCUGCAGGUGGAGCAAAAGCUGGAGCCGUGUGGUGAUGCCCUGGGGGCAGACAAGAAGAAGAAGAAAAAGAAGAAGUAGAUCUGUACCCAAUAUGCUUGUACUGAACUGGAUUUUCUCAACGCCAGGCACUCAUUGUGUGAGCUGUCUGCAGACGUGUGGUGUCUCUGUUAGCUAGCAUCUCUAGAUUACUGUGUACCUAGGCUGGAGCCGCUCUUGGCUGUUCCUGAAAGGCCCUGUUUCCAUAGCUAUUCUGCAGCUGUUUUCAUAGCUGAUUGCUCUUUGUUCCUUUUCCUCGUGCUGAAGGGGCUGUCGCUAAAGGAUUUGAGCAGUUGAAAAAGGGUGCGUACAGCUGCUUCUUUUUCAGCAAUCUUUAAUGACAAGUCGAAUUUGCACAACAUAAGAUAUCUAGAAUGGAGAAAUGUUCUUAGUGUAUAGCAUAGUACUUAGGAUAAAAAGUGUACAACAAUAAUUAUUCAUGAAUCAAAAUUCUCGUCAGAGCAAGCAUUGAAUCCAA